CGUUCUGGCGUGGCCCCCGUUUGCCGCCUCCCAUGCUCCAGCCUGCUGUAGCUGUAGGGCUUUUUUCAUUAAAAAACAAAAAAGUAAUUGCAAAGCAGAUGGGGCGAUUUUUUUACAUAUAUAUUUCUUGAAGUUAAAGCAGACCUUUGGCUAGCAGAGACCAUUGGGGACUAACUCAGGCUGACGUUCACCAGGGCAGUGAUCUCUGGACUAUUUGUUCUUAUACAGAGUGUUGCCGAGCUCACGGCAAAGUUUCUUCCGUACAGAACGUGCGAUGGACUUGAAAAGUUCUUUUUCUAGAUGCUACUUUGACAAACAGUGAGCCAGCAUAUCCAGAAAUAAAAAUCCGGAGCAUUUAGAUAAAAUUAGUGUUCGUUUUGAAAAUUAAAACGAUUCCACGAUUGCUUGCUUUUAUUUGUAAAAUUCUUAAGCUUUUAAAAAAUGUCUAGAUAAAUGAAUAUUCGUUCACGGUUUAAUUAUUAGUGGUUACACAGUGAACAAUGCCUGUUUGCAUCCUACGUAGACUGGCUUGAAAUUGCGAGGGGUAAGUAAACUGGGACAAAAUUAUCAAAUAAUCCCCCAAAUAUUUGAAAACAAAUCGGAAUAUCGUUGUUCGUUUGAUUUAGCCCGUUUCGCUGGAGCCUGGCGCGAGGCUGAGGAACACGUUAGUUUACAACGUUUUAAAACAUUCGUUAAAAUAUUUACUUAAUCGUCUAAAACAAAGCCUUGGAGCCUCCAAACGUGCCCAGGUCAGGCAAACACACGCGGAUAAUUCGGCCGAAUGAUUUAGCAGCAGAGAACCGCUUGCAUUUAAACCCGUGCAUAUUUUCAAUACCCCCUUAGUGCAUCUAUUUUAGUCAGAUGUUUAAGAUUAAAGGGCCGCGUGUCAGCCCGUAUCUUACCCAUGCUUCCUGUCAUCGUUUCUUUGCAAUUUAAUUUUGUGUUUUCCUUUCAGCCUAGAAGUGUUUGGUACCAGUCUCUUGGCAAAAGAGCCUGAGGAAUGGAAGGGUAAAGAAAUACGACCCAGCUGCUAUGCACAAUGAGGUUUGUAAGUCCUUGUAUGGUAUAAAUAAGCAUAUUACACAGUUAUUAGAAAUUUGGCACUGUCCCUGUCUAGAAGCCCGAGUCCGAUGCUGUGUGAUUCCUCCCCAGUCCAUGCAUAAUUCAGUAUUAGUACUCCAUUCUUCCAGCCUUAUUACUGGCCAAAUUCGGCAACUUUUUCUCAGUCCUCCUCCAUUCAAACCCUCCUCGGCAGUGUCAACCGGAAAUGCUCCAGGAGAAAAGCCUGUCUGAAACCGAGGAAGGGUUUCCAACAGCCCCCGCGCCCGGCCAUGCGGACUCCUCCGCCGGUUCCCCCGUCCUCGGCGUAGCCGGGGGGAGCAGCACACCGCUCAGCAGCCCGCAGCUCCCCGACCCCGAGCAGACAAUAGAAAAUAUCAAAGUCUAUCUCCAUGAGAAGGAGCUAUGGAAGAAAUUUCAUGAAGCUGGCACGGAAAUGAUAAUAACCAAAGCAGGCAGGAGGAUGUUUCCUAGUUACAAGGUUAAAGUGACCGGAAUGAACCCCAAGACCAAGUACAUCCUGUUGAUCGACAUCGUCCCGGCUGACGACCACCGGUACAAGUUCUGUGACAAUAAAUGGAUGGUGGCUGGGAAGGCAGAGCCGGCCAUGCCGGGGCGACUCUACGUGCAUCCCGACUCCCCCGCCACGGGAGCCCACUGGAUGAGGCAGCUGGUGUCCUUUCAGAAGCUAAAACUCACCAACAACCACCUGGAUCCCUUCGGACACAUCAUUCUUAAUUCAAUGCAUAAAUACCAACCGCGGCUGCACAUCGUGAAGGCGGAUGAGAACAACGCUUUCGGGUCGAAGAACACCGCCUUCUGCACCCACGUUUUUCCAGAGACCUCCUUUAUAUCCGUGACCUCCUACCAGAACCACAAGAUAACCCAGCUGAAAAUCGAGAACAACCCCUUUGCCAAGGGAUUCAGGGGGAGCGACGACAGCGACCUGCGCGUGGCACGGCUGCAGAGCAAAGAAUAUCCAGUAAUUUCCAAAAGCAUCAUGAGGCAGAGGUUGGUGUCCAGUCACGGCCAGCUUUCAGCAAAGCCAGAUGUUAACCCACUUCAUGGGAAUCACCAGACCCUUCAACAUUAUCAGUAUGAGAACGGUGCUCACAUGCAAUUUGCAGCUUCAGAUACUCAAGAUCUGCCACUCAACACCUUCACAGCACAGAGGGAUUCAGGGCUCUUCUACCAUUGCCUAAAAAGAAGAGAAAGUGCUCGGCACCUGGACCUGCCCUGCAAACGCUCCUACCUGGAAGCCUCCUCUUCUGUAGGAGACGAUCACUAUUUCCGUUCCCCGCCUCCGUACGACCAGCAGAUGUUAAGCCCUUCCUACUGCAGCGAGGUGACCCCGAGGGAAGCCUGCAUGUACUCUGGUUCUGGGGCUGAAAUCGCUGGCGUCUCAGCCGUCGACGACCUGCCACCUCCGCCUCCCCCCUUGAGCUGCAAUAUGUGGACUUCUGUCGCACCUUACACCAGCUACAGCGUUCAGACAAUGGAGACUGUCCCUUACCAGCCUUUCCCUGCUCAUUUCACUGCCACCACCAUGAUGCCACGGCUCCCCUCCAUCGCGGGCCAAGGCUCGCAGCCACCAGGGAACAGCCACUUCAGUGUCUACAACCAGCUGUCCCAGUCUCAGGUUCGGGAGCGUGUUCCUUCUUCAUCUUUCCCCAGGGAAAGGGUUCACCCCUCUGUGUGUGAGAGAAAACCCCCCUCUCCGCACCUAAACGCUGCCAACGAGUUCCUCUACUCCCAAAGCUUUUCCUUGGCCAGGGAGUCGUCGCUGCAGUAUCAUUCAGGGAUGGGGACUGUGGAGAACUGGACUGACGGGUGACCCCCACGGCCGAGCCGUGCCACAGCCAACGUUACUGCUCCAGGACAGUGGUCAGUCAGUGUUGAUACCUGUGGGUAACUUGCACUUCGGUGAGACAAAUGUGCAUUUCCAGAGGGAUUUGUGUGGGUGAAGAGCUCGUGUCUUCAGGCACACAGAGAAUUAAUUACACCUCCCGUCUCGGUGGGCUGGAUUCAUCAGUCUCUUACUGACUCCCGAAUAAAUUAGUCCUCGUGUCCUCAUUACCGACCCAGUAGGAACCACCUUCAUGACUAACAAGUGAAGUAGCUAGCCCUUUCCUUUUGCUUGUACUAUUAAACACCCACGAGCAAAUUGUGGCUAUUUUUGGGGGAAAAAUACCAGCUUCACUUUUACGGUACUCGGUUUGUGAAGUCACAGCAUCCCAAAGAUGAAAGGAAAAAGCGACCCUGUCCGGUGGCCUAGUUCAAGGACUGCUGCAGCAGCACUUCUUUAGCUCUUUUUUAGAAAUUCCUUCUUCCUCUGGAAGUGAUGGAGCCGUAGGGGCGCGGGGGCCGGCGGGGAGGCUGGGCGGUGGGGUCAGGGAGCUGCGGUGCCACUCGGGUACCCCCCCGGCACGGCGCGGGGUCGGUGCCGUGGCGUGGAGAGGAGAAGGCACCGAUGCACAAAUGUCUCUUCUUCCCCCCCCCACAACCCCAUCCGUGGCUGUGGGAGACUCAGAAGUGACGCCUUAUGCCUGAGGCCAAACAGCAAAUGAAUCGCAGCGUUAGGAACAGACCCAGUGUCUUCAGACUCCCAUCCCUUGGUUUGAAUCACACUCGCUUAUUGCAAUAUAUUUAUGAAGUUUUAAGCUUAAAAGUUGCUAAUACUUUCCAGAAACGAUCUCUGUAUUUGCUGGUCCUUGAUUUCUUUCGUAUUCAGCUGAAACGCGCCUUUUGUGCUAUGUUUUUUUUUUUCUUUUGCAGCUAGCUCAGAGAGAAUUGUUUUCAGCAUAAAGGAGGCAUAGAGGAAUAUUUUCUUAACUGCGGGGUGGGAUGAGCUCCCAUUACCCAUCAGGCUUUACAGUGUACAAAUCUUUGUAAAACAGGUAAAAAAAAUCUGUAACCAGUGUAUAAGUUGCUACUAUUGUUUACUGUGGAAGUACCUUGAAAUGACUCCUUCGGCGCUGGCUUCACCCACCAGAGUGUCCCUUCCAGGUGAGGAGGGAUGAGGUGAAGAGGGAUCACCCAGCGACGGCCACGGCGAGCAACCUGUGCUCUUUCUGGAAUUAAACUCCCAUUGUCUUCACCCAAAAAAUCUCCCGAGCAGGGAUGUGUCCUCCUCCGGUCCGCAGUGUGUCCAUCCUGCUGAGCUCCCAGGUGAUGCUGUCCCCAGGGAUGGUGACACAGAGGUGAUGCUGGGAGUUUGGUUCCACUAAAAAGCGCGAUAUUUAAGCUCCGGUCGGGUGCGGUGGGGGGUUUUUUUUUCCACUCCUGCUUCAAAGGCAAAAAGCUGAAAUACAGAUUUGGAAGAGGGGAGGUACCUCUGCGUUUGGAUGAAUCCAUCCCAGUGAGGAGAGGCUGGUGGAGGAGGGCGGCUGCUUGCAGUGAGACAACCCCGAGGCCACUACAGUGGAGGUCACGUUUCAACCAGGACAAUCUCAUACACCCGUUCAGCAGACCAUGUGUGUGACCAGUUUGGAUUUUGUAAUCAGAUUUUGGAAAUCACUACAGUUUUUGCAUGCUGAAUAGCUAUUUAUAUACAUAUAUAUUUUAUAUAUAUAUAUAAAAAAAUAUAUAUAUAUCACAAAUGCAGGCCACGUGUCCAAUUCAGCUUUGCUUUUUACGAAUGAAAUACUUAAUAAAAAUGAAUGUUGCAAGGUUUUUUUUUGGAAAGACAUCUAUUUAAGAUUUUUUUUUUUUUUAAUUACACACCUUUGAUGUAAAAACUAAGAAUUGGUUAGAUAAAAAACAUAUAUACUACAGAUAAAUCUUUAUUAGAAACCACAUUAGAUACAGGUGGUAUGGAAUUUUUAAAUGUUUGUUACAUAGCAUGGACAUUUUAUUUUACAUAUCAGAACAUAAAGUCAUUUUACUACUA